GGACGCAUCACGCAGGGGUGGGGAAGCCGGAUCCGUGCGCAGGGUUGCUAAGGGUGAAACUUUUCAUUGACUUUGCUCACUUCGGGCCCGGGCGGCGGAAGGUGCGGGUUGUCGCCGGAGAGAAGCAAGCGGCUCCGAAGACGCGGGGCCAGAAGGACAGGACCGCCCGCCGGUCACAGCCCGGCCCGUCUUCUGCCCCGCGACACGAGCCCCCUCCGGUCCCACCCCGCCAUCCCCGCGCUGUCGCCGCCGUCCGGCCCGCCCUUGUCCUCCCGCCGCCGAGCCCGAGCUCCAAAAAGCUGAAAGAAUUAUUCUUGAGAGUCAUAACCCAGCCCACCACCUCGUCCAAGCCCCGACCCUGAACGAAGAUAAGGACACACAGGCCCCUGCCCGGCAAGGAAAGAAGAACGACCCCUGCCCCGCGCCUAGGAACACCCAGGAAGAAGGAGCUGCCCCGCGACCAGCUGCCCGCCCCGCCGCCUCCGAGGCCCGAAGCCCUCUGAAGCCCAAGGCUGCCCACCGUCCAUCUCCUACCAGUGCCCUACGCUGAUUCCCUGCCCCAGACAAGACCAUGCAGCUGGAGAUCAAAGUGGCCCUGAACUUCAUCAUCUCUUAUUUGUACAACAAGCUGCCCCGGCGACGGGCAGACCUGUUUGGGGAAGAGCUGGAGCGACUCUUGAAGAAGAAAUAUGAAGGCCACUGGUACCCUGAGAAGCCACUGAAGGGCUCUGGCUUCCGCUGCGUCCACAUCGGAGAGACAGUGGACCCUGUGGUGGAGCUGGCCGCCAAGCGGAGCGGCCUGGCCGUGGAGGAUGUGCGGGCCAAUGUGCCUGAGGAGCUGAGCGUCUGGAUUGACCCUUUUGAGGUGUCCUACCAGAUUGGGGAGAAGGGGGCGGUGAAAGUGCUGUAUCUGGAUGACAGCGACGGCUGCGGGCCCCCCGAGCUGGACAAGGAGAUCAAGAGCAGCUUCAACCCUGACGCCCAGGUCUUCGUGCCCAUCGGCAGCCAGGACAGCUCAUUGUCCAACUCCCCAUCGCCGUCCUUUGGCCAGUCGCCCAGCCCCACCUUCAUCCCCCGCUCGGCCCAGCCCAUCACCUUCACCACUGCCUCCUUUGCUGCCACCAAGUUUGGCUCCACCAAGAUGAAGAAGGGGGGUGGGGCCACGAGCAGUGGGGGUGUGGCCAGCAAUGGGGGGAGCGGCCAGCAGCCACCUCAGCAGCCCCCAACCCAGCAGCCUCGCUUGGCCCGCUCACCCACCAACAACCCACUGAAGCACAAGAGCCUGUCUCUGUCUAUGCAUUCUCUGAACUUCAUCUCGGCCAACCCAGCCUCACAAUCCCAGCUCUCGCCCAAUGCCAAGGAGUUUGUGUUCAGCGGCAGCGGCUCACCCAGCCUCCUCUUUGAUGCGGCCGAGGGUCAGGGGAGCACCUUCGAUGUGGCCCAGGUAUUUGGGGGUGGCACCAACAGCCUCUUCCUGGAGAAGACGCCCUUCGUGGAAGGCCUGAGCUACAACCUGAACACCAUGCAGUACCCAGGCCAGCCCUUCCAGCCCGUCGUGCUGGCCAACUGAACCCCCACACCCCCGCGGGGCCGGGAGCCCACGACCACGGAAAGGCCAAAAAAAGAGGAAAAGAAAAACA